AUGUUUCCGAAUUUUUUCGGAACGAACGGUGAGGAGGCGAUGGAGACAUGUGAGGAUCGUCGUAUCUCGAUCACGCUUCAGUUCGGUUCACAUAAAGAUUUGAUUGUUCUGGAACGAACUGAUUCACCUCAGGUGUUUGAGUCGUUUCGUAAUCGUGCACGGUUAUUGGCUGAGAAACAAUUCGACGGCAAGUUGAGUGGUGCCGGCGAGUUGCACCUCUUCAGACAUGACUACAAUUCACCAAAUAUGUUACAACAUCUCACUUGUCUCAGUCAAUUGGAUAAUGGAAGUGUCGUCGAAGUGAUAAUGAUCGAUCGAAAUGAACGGCCAACCCGACCUCACGUACUAUCAGUGUGCUCUUAUAAAACACCAACUUUCUGUGAUUAUUGCGGUGAAAUACUGGUUGGGUUGAUCAAGCAAGGAUUGCAGUGUGCUAAAUGCAGAUGUAAUUUCCACAAGAAAUGUGCAUUUGCACCGCGAAAUAAUUGUGCCAAGAACAAUAUUCAACUGCAUCGAAACGCACCAACAGAUGAUGCAGCCUGUGCGCAAAGCUCAGCAUUCCAAUUACCGCAUACACUCGCUGUUCAUAACUACAAAACAUUAACCGUUUGUAAAGUUUGUGAUAAAGUGUUGAUUGGUUUGAUGAAGCAAGGAUUACGAUGCCGCGAUUGUAAGGUAAAUGUCCAUAAGAAAUGUGCUCCAAAUUUGCCGCUGAAUUGCCAAGUAGCCGAUGGAUCAGUCACUCCAUCGUUCGACCAAAUGAGUGUCAGCGAUGGUACUUCACUGGUUUCUGGAUCUACGAAUGAUGAAAAUUUAGCCGAAGACUCGAUGAUUCCACUCUCACGUCUUCCUGGUCAAGCCUCAUGUCGAACGGGUAAUCGUGCAUCACUAGCUGAAGGCUGGAUGAUACAUUUCAUGUUGGAUCAACCCGAACGUCGUCUCAGGCACUACUGGAUACUAACCGGAGGUGCUAUCAAUAUGUACAACGAAUACAAUGAUGGUGUCAAUCCACAUCGUGUCUACCGUACAAUCCCCUUAGGUGAAAUUGUAAUUCUUGUACCUUAUGAAGGUCCUCCAGUUCAUUCAAGUUAUCCACCACAUUGUUUCGAGAUAAGAACAAUGUCGAAUAUGGUCUAUUGUGUGGGCGAGAAUUUGGAUUCGUAUAUAGCACCUCCAACCAAAGUGCCGCGCCAUACAAGCGGUAAAGCGAAUGCGAACGCACAAAUGUGGUUUCAGGCAUUACAACAAGCCCUGCAACCACCGCCCUCACGCCAUGAUACAUCAAAUAUGGAGCCAGCCCUACAGUUUACAGAGCUUUAUCAGAUUCUGAGUGAUCAAACACUCGGUUCAGGACAAUUCGGCACCGUCUACGGUGGUGUUCACAGACAGAGUGGACGAGAAGUUGCGGUCAAGGCUGCCGGAAGAUUGGACGAACGAACGACAAGAUAUCUGAUAAUGCAAAUCUUAAGUGCGCUUAAAUACUUACACUCAAAAGGUAUCGCGCAUUGCGAUCUCAAACCAGAGAAUGUUCUUCUGUCAGACUUGGUGGAUGCGUUCCCGCAAACGAAACUGUGUGACUUCGGUUAUGCGAGAUUCAUUGGUGAUGCACAGUUCAGGAAAACAAUCGUUGGAACACCAGCCUAUCUUGCCCCUGAAGUGUUACAAAAAAGAGGUUACAAUAAAUCAUUGGAUAUGUGGUCAGUGGGUGUGAUUAUCUAUGUGACACUCAGUGGAACUUUUCCGUUCAACGACGGUGAAGAGAUCUCAGAACAGAUUCAAAAUGCCGCAUUUAUGUUUCCGGCUGAACCAUGGAAACAAAUAUCGAGAAGUGCCAUAGAUCUCAUUCAACGGCUGCUUAAAGUUCAGAUUGAGCAACGUUUAACGAUAGACGAAUGCUUGGCACAUGAAUGGCUACAAGGUGCACAGGUAUAUUUGGAUCUCAGGAAGUUGGAGCUGAGGCUUGGCUGUGAACGUUAUCUCACUUCGGAACAAGACGACAUUCGUUAUAGUCAAUAUUUGAUGGAACAUGGUCUUAUACCGGCAUCAGCCACAGAAAAACUGAACACAUCCACAAUAGCGAUCACAAACUGA